AUGAAUGGCCAAGCAGAGGGCUUUGAUGAGUGCUUGAGAAGGAUCAAGGAGGAGGUGAUGUUGAUGAUAAAAAAGUGCGAGGAGGGCGAAAAGGAGAUGAAUCUACUUACGGAGGAAGCGGGUGGUGACCUCUUGCCUAGUCGAGGACGACGUGAUAUAUCCGCCAAGAUGGGGAUGCAGGUACCUCUCCCGGGUCACGAUACUGACAGCCUUCGAAAGACAACCCCCUGCAGAACCUCCACUGGAAGAGUGGCAGGCGGACGGGUGGUGAACGCUGUUAUUCUGCGUUUUUCUGAAGCGAUCCCUACGACGGUUAAUCCAAUUCUUCUACAAGGCAGGCAUCCAAGAGCCCUUGGAGCAAUCCCAGGGGAUUGA